AUUGGUGUGCUGAUGACAUGCCAUCGGAUUAAACUGGGUCGGAUAUUGUGGUUUCAAGGAGAAGAUUACCAAACUCAAUUUAGAGGAAUUCGGAAGCAACUAUAACAGACCUUAAGCUAGUGGGGUUGCUAGCUUGCAAUAGGAAACAUCGGGGGAAACUGCUAGCUGCUUAGCAAAGUUCAGCUAUGUCUUGCCGCCGACAGAACCAACAACCCGGACCGGGCGGUCGCAAAACCUCAAAUGGAACCACUGGGCCGACCGGCAUGUCAUCUUCAGCCGCCGGGAGCAGCGCCAACCGAGCAACGCCUGGAAGGAACAGAAACUCUGUAAAACCUCCUUCGCAGUCUCCUCCUAUGUUUGAAGGAGUCUACAACAAUGCCCGAAUGCUUCAUUUUCUUACAGCAGUGGUGGGCUCCACAUGUGAUGUUAGAGUAAAAAAUGGAAGUAUCUAUGAGGGCAUCUUUAAAACUUUGAGCUCACGGUGUGAGCUGGCUCUGGACGCAGUCCACAAGGUGAAGAGUGAGGAUGGAGACGGGGGCGGAGGGGGUUCACCUGCACCCCCUAGAAGGGAGGAGAUCACAGACACAAUGAUCUUUAACCCCACUGACCUAGUUACUAUGACCUGCAGAGAUGUUGACCUCAACUAUGCUACUAGAGACAGUUUCACAGACACAGCAAUCAGUGCAACGCGAGUAAAUGGUGACCACAGAGAGAAAGUUCUGCAGCGGUGGGACGGCGGAGACAGUAACGGAGAGAACUAUGACCUAGAGACAGACACGUCUAAUGGUUGGGACGCCAGUGAGAUGUUCCGCUUUAACGAAGAGACGUACGGAGUGAAGUCCACGUAUGACUCCAGCCUCUCCAUGUACACAGUUCCUCUGGAGCGUGGGAAUUCAGAGGGCUUUAGGCAGCGCGAGGCCAGAGCUGCCCGAUUGGCCAGUGAGAUUGAGUCCAGUCCUCAAUAUCGCCACCGAGUGGCGCUAGAGAACGACGAAGGGAAAUCUGAGGAGGAUAAGUACAGCGCCGUGGCGCGCGACAGGGAACGGGACGGUCCGGAGAGAGAGAGGGGGAGAGACAGUCCUGGCUUCUCCAGCUCCGCGAGCAGGGAGGGCAAGUACAUUCCUUUACCCCAACGGGCAAGAGAGCGAGAAAUGGGUGCCUCAGGAAGGGGCGACAGAGAAAGAGGGGGCGGUUUAUCCUCUCUGCCCAAUCGAACAAACAGACCUGCCCCUUCAGGCUCGUCCCCCAGACCGCCCCUCCCCUCGGGCAGCGGUCAGCCAACCCCGCCCUCUGAUAGGAGCAGCCCCUUGUCAGUCAGAGGGGGAUAUUCUCCUCACCAAUCACAGAGCAGUCCUCCUGCUCAGCCACGCCCCUCGGACCCUGGCCACUCCAGCCCUCCCGCCCCACACACACUGCCCCAUUCGCUCUCUCAUCCACAGUCUCUCUCUGACUCAGCACGCCCUGUGAAUGGAGUGUCAUCCAGAACAUCUCCCAAAUCUCAAAGACCAGGACAGACCAACAGAAACCUCCGCAACUCCGGCUCCCUCUCCUCGCCUACGGUCUCUCGUUCCCCAAAACCAGACGUCCCUUCCCAGGAUCCCUCUCUGGCUGCCCCUCCUUACCUGGACUCCAAGCCCACUGGCCCCAUUCUGUUCACUGUAGAUGUGAAUGAGAUUCUCGCCAAGGAGAGAACAGAAAGUUCAGCCAGUCCACAGGAGGGCAAAGGCAGCAAAGCUCCCUCAGUACAGCAGAGGUCACAUAUCGAAGAACUGCGGAAGUUCGGGAAAGAAUUUAGGCUCCAGACUAGCUCCUCCCCCUCCAGUCCCAGCACCGCAACCACUCCCUCAGAGCCCGCUCAGUCGGGCCCCGCCCACCCAGCCCCAACAGACCCCGCCCCCUCGGCGGAAGCCCAGCCCGCACCGCCCACAACCCCUACCCAGGAGCCCGCGGCGUCGGAGGAAAAAGGGAGAGAGGGUAGCGCUGAGGCGACAGCGACCGCCACUCCCCCGCCCACGACCACACCCGCAGCCACACCCUCCUCCACAGCUACUCCUACCACCACGCAACCGGGCACCACAGACGGGCAGACGCCAGGGACGCCACAGCCUGCUAGGACCCCAGGCACUGAGGAGGGCAGACAGGAGGCCCCGGAGAGACAGGAGGGCGUGACUGAUCAAGUGAAGAAGUCAACUCUUAAUCCCAAUGCUAAAGAGUUUAACCCCACGAAAGGUUCUCUGAGUAUGGCUAAACCCUCGUCGACCCCCACCCCGCCACGCCCCACUCCUCCAAGCCCAUCUGUGAUGUUGCCUCCACCAGGGCAGGGCGCCAUCUACAACACCCCCUACCUCGGCUAUGUCUCCCCCCUUCCCAUACAGGGACAUCAGGUACAGGCCCCUGGGGUGUAUCAGUACACCAUGCCUACAGUCAACUCGGGCAAAUACCCCAGAAAUAAAGGUUCAGUGGUACCACCUCGCCCAGAUCACAACUCAUCAGCGCCCCCUAUCCUCCAGGCGGCAGCGUCUGCGGCCGGCGCUCCGCUGGUGGCCUCCCCUUACGCUCAGUCUUACCUGCAGUACAGUCAAGUCAUACCAGCCAUGCCACACUAUGCUGGACAGCCGAUGUACUCCAUGGUUCAGGCAGGUGCUCGGAUGCUGAGUUCAGGGGGACAUCCUCAGACGCUGGCCCCGCCCGGUCCACAGUACCCGGGCCAGGGCGAGGGGCCCCCGGGACCCCAGCAGGGCAUGUAUGCUCAUCAGUCCUUCUCUCAUCAUUCGGGCUCCAUGCAUCCCCCUCAGCCCUCCAGCACCCCGACAGGCAAUCAGCCGCCUCCCCAGCACCCAGCUCCCAGCCCGGGACAGUCGGGGCAGUCGGGUCCCCAGCCUCAGUCCCUGUACCACUCUGCACCCCUCUCUGCCCCCACGCCGCCUAACCUCCCCCCUGGGCACAGUUCCCCUCAGGCCUCUUACCCCCUACAGGGCUACAGCCUGCCUGGACCCCAACCUCUACCCCAUCACUACCCCUCCAUCAGCCCACUCACACAGACCCAUGUCCCUGGUGGGCUUUCUGGGCCCCACCACUCUGGUGGCCACGCCCCUCCACAGGUGAUGCUUCUCCAUGCCGCUCCCCCGCCCCCUCCUCCGCAGCAGGGCCCUGGCUCCGCCCCCCAGCACCCUCAGCACGGCCCCCCGCCCCCACAGCAAGGGGCCCACUACGCCUACAUCGGACACCCCCAAGCUGUCCAGGUGCAGCCACACCCACCCCAGCAGCUCCCCUUCCACCCCCCCGGGAACUGAGAGAACCCAGUCAAGGAGUGUGGAGAUCAGAGCGU